UUCCCUGCGCUCUUCCCUCUCCGAACGUGAGCAAACCCAACGCGCCUUUUCUACCGGGACUUUGACGUCACGCCGUUCCGUUCGUGAUUAUUGGCUGUUCGAAGUCCUGAUAUACGCAGUAGCCUACGCACUGUAUCGAAUUGUUGCAGGGAUUUUGAUGUCAGCUGGACCGAAAUUUGAUGGAGUUAGUGGUCUUGGCUUCUCUGCUCUGGUGGUGACGGCCUGGGGAACCGCCAACAUGGAGCUGUCCUGCUUCAAUUCACACUCAUCUUCCCUGUCUCAUGGGUGUGAAAUUAUAAGCUCCGAGGACACCUUCAUUCACAUUUUACAAGACUACAGGUUAUUAGCCAAACAAGGCGUGCAUACACUUCUCUGGUGCCACAGUUUUCACAGUGGAGGAUUUGGAUCUUUAUUCUCAUUUGCCCCUUGUUUUUCACCUCUCUAUCCUCCUCAUUUAUGUCCGUCUGUCUCUGAGAGCCCGUGUACGAGGGUUUCCAUCGGGUUUGACUUGAGUGAAAAAUCCGGCCGAGAUCAUGCCCCCCUUUCCGUCCGUCCUCACCGCUGCUCUCUCCUGCCUCGCACCUUUCAUAUGCACUUUCAUUCAGAUCUCUCUCAGAACAAGGGAAAAUGGUUUUUGCCACGUCCAUUUGUUCUCGAAAGAGGAGACAAAUUACAAAUGUGCUCACGAGCCUUUGUACUUGAAAUGGCUUUUUCAUACGCGGAGAGGAAACUGAUGAAAAGCGUCGAGCACAUCAAAGUGGUUUGACGCCAGGGCCGAUUGAAAGGUUUCGAAAGUUUCGCCCUAUCGCAGGUCGCCCCACUCUCUUUCUAGUCCGAUUUUAGUUACGGGCUCAUUUGAAUUAAACUCACCCGUCAAUUAGCAUGACUUUUACCCCGGCUCGCUGGACUUCAAGGGCGCAGAACUUUCCUAGCGCCGCGUGUUGUGUGAAAGCCUUGCAUGCUGUUUCCUUCCUCUUACCAGCAGCUCGUAGGAAAUGGUUAAUGGUCUGCGUUUGGCAAGAUGGGGGGAUUGGAGAGGUAUUUUACGGGGAGUAGA